CACACGGAGCACCAACUGAUUUGAGGAUCAACACUAAAUCUCUGGAGUGCAUCCUGACCAAUCUGAAGCCCCACGCACGCACAAGGGGCCUCUCAGCUUGACCUUUGACCUCACUUCUCCUGAAACGUCUCGGAAAUGGAGGACAACUACCAAAACCGGACUGCCUUCAUUAAAGGUGCCAAAGACAUUGCCAAAGAAGUCAAGCGGCAAGCCUCUAAGAAGGUGGGCCGCUCCGUGGAUCGGGUGAACGACGAGUACAGCAGGCGAUCCUACAGCCGCUUUGAGGAAGAUGAUGAUGACGACUACCCCAUGCAGGGGAGCCAGGAUGGAGGCUACUACCGCAGCGACAGCCAGGCGGCCAACGAAGACGAGGGCGGCCACAGCGACUCCACGGAGGGUCACGACGAGGAUGACGAGAUCUACGAGGGCGAGUACCAAGGGAUCCCCAGAGCUGAUUCGGGGAAGGGGAGUCUGGCUGGAGGGCCGGGGUCCAUGGCAGCCGGAGCGCAGCAGUUCAGAGAUAUCGGUGCGUUGGAGGCAGAGAGGCGGAAGGACCAGGAGGAGCUGGCUCAGCAGUACGAGACCAUUUUACAAGAAUGUGGUCAUGGGAAGUUCCAGUGGUCGCUCUACUUUGUUCUGGGGCUGGCGCUCAUGGCAGACGGCGUCGAAAUCUUUGUGGUGGGGUUUGUCCUCCCCAGCGCAGAGAAGGACAUGUGUCUGUCUGAACCCAACAAAAGCAUGCUUGGGCUCAUCGUAUAUUUUGGGAUGAUGGUCGGGGCUUUCCUCUGGGGGGCUCUGGCUGACCGGAUAGGCCGUCGUCAGUCUCUUCUCAUCUCUCUCUCCAUCAACAGCAUCUUCUCCUUUUUCUCAUCCUUCGUUCAGGGCUACAGCACUUUCCUGUUUUGCCGUCUCCUCUCAGGUGUUGGGAUCGGUGGUUCAAUCCCCAUCGUGUUCUCCUACUACUCGGAGUUUCUGGCUCAGGAGAAGCGCGGCGAGCAUCUCAGCUGGCUCUGCAUGUUCUGGAUGAUCGGGGGAAUCUACGCCUCAGCUAUGGCCUGGGCCAUCAUCCCACACUACGGCUGGAGUUUCCAGAUGGGUUCGGCAUACCAGUUCCACAGCUGGCGUGUGUUUGUGUUAGUGUGUGCGUUUCCUUCCGUGGCGGCCAUCGCUGCCCUCAACGCCGUGCCCGAAAGUCCACGCUUCUACUUAGAGAAUGGCAAGCAUGAUGAGGGCUGGAUGGUCCUGAAGCAAGUCCACGACACAAACAUGAGAGCUAAAGGACACCCAGAGAGGGUGUUUACAGUCACCACAAUUAAGACUGUGAAGCAGAUCGAUGAGCUGGUGGACAUCGGCACCGACACCCCAGUCUGGCAGCGCUACAGACUGAAAAUCAUGAGCCUUUCUCAGCAGAUCCGGAACAACAUUCUCGCCUGCUUCAGCCCAGAAUAUAAACGGACGACCUUCAUGCUCAUGGCUGUUUGGUUCAGCAUGUCUUUCAGCUACUACGGCCUGACGGUGUGGUUCCCCGACAUGAUCAAGUACAUCCAGAAGCAGGAGUAUGACUCGCGCACCAAGACCUUCACGAAGGAGCGAGUGGAGCACGUCACGUUUAACUUCACCCUGGAAAACCAGGUUCAUCGUGAAGGACACUACUUCAAUGACAAGUUCCUCAAUCUGAAGAUGAAGUCUAUGGUGUUUGAGGACUCUGUGUUUGAGGAGUGCUACUUUGAGGACAUCACCUCCACGCACACGUUCUUCAGGAACUGCACCUUCAUCGCCAGUUUGUUCUACAACACGGACUUAUUCAAGUACAGGUUUGUCAACUGUAAGCUGAUCAACAGCACGUUCCUCCACAACAAGGAGGGCUGCAUCCUGGACUUCAGUGACGACUUCAACAACGCCUACAUGAUUUACUUUGUCAACUUCCUGGGUACGCUGGCUGUGCUGCCGGGGAACAUUGUGUCGGCUCUCUUAAUGGACAAAAUUGGCCGUUUAAGGAUGCUGGCGGGGUCCAGCGUCAUUUCCUGUGUCAGCUGCUUCUUCCUGAUGUUUGGCAACAGCGAGUCGGGGAUGAUCGCCCUCUUAUGUCUGUUUGGUGGCAUCAGCAUCGCCUCGUGGAACGCCCUGGAUGUGAUCACGGUGGAGCUCUACCCUUCGGAUAAAAGGACCACGGCGUUCGGCUUCCUGAACGCCCUCUGCAAACUGGCGGCUGUGCUGGGCAUCAGCAUCUUCCAGUCGUUCGUUGGCAUCACCAAAGCCGUACCUAUCCUAUUUGCUGCCGGCGCACUCGCCGCCGGCAGCUUCCUCGCCACAAAGUUGCCCGAGACGAGAGGCCAGGUGUUGCAGUAAAACGGGACAGCCGGUGGUGAGCAGAGCAGAGCGCAGCGCAAGAGAGUGUGUUUGAGAAGCCCGAACAUCCCCGAGAGCUUCAACGCUGCCUGUCCGUCUCACAGCAAAAGUUGAGACUGCCUCCCCCCCAAUGUAAGCCCAGAAUCCUUUGAAAUGUGGAUCACAUCAUUCAGUGUCUUUACACACAGAGACCAUAAAAGAAGAGCAAACAUGUAGAUCACCGGCACCAUCACAACACCCUGGAUAUAAUUUCAACCAUCCUGUCAGGUCUGGUAAACGAAUACUGCUGCAGGUAUUUGUACUACGGGCUGAUGUGGUAUAUAAAUGGAAAUAUGCACCUAGAAGUAAACAAAUUCCCAGCACAAAGACUGGUAGAAUGGUUGAUCGAGACUUUUUCGUUUAGUGUUUGCAGAUAGGAUUGCAGUGUUCUUCUUUCUUGUGUCUUCGAGCUCCCUGACGGGCUCGCCGUGCUGCUGUUCAGUUUACCGUGACGUUAAUAAAACAGUUCAGUUCCCAUCCCCAGACCCACCCUGACACACGCGCGUUUCCCAAAGCAUUUUUCUAUGGAAGGUCUGAUGUAUUUUUCUGAAAAGGCUCAUUAAUCCUCCCCUGCAGCCUGUCACUGAAGCCAGACCUGCCGAGUUCUGCUCAAAAUGUGGCUAUUAAAACCUGCCGGCAGAGCUGCAUUUAUUCAUGCACUUCAAUGAAUAUUAGUGUUAUUAUUUACCGCCUCAAUACUCAAACAGGUGACGAUACAUUUCACAGGAUUCUCCGUCGAACGUGGGAAUAACUGGAUCCAGUUCCUCGGUGUUAAACCAGUGUCUACCCUCCCUACUGUGUGACAGUUUGGUGUUACUGAGUGAAACAGGAACGACUGUGGGACGGAGUUUUGUCAGCUGUGGUGUGAUUUUGUGUGUAUUAGUUGUGUGUAUGCGUGCGCGUUACGUGCGCCUUGUGAGGGGGGAUAAACAGCUUCAUAUCACAAGUUUAAAUGACUGUUUGUGUGCAAGGAUCUGUGCAUGCAUGUGUUUAUAUGUCCGAGUGGUCGCAGCGUCCUGUUCCAUCGUUUUAUGUGCAAAAUGUUUCAGUCCGUUUUAGAUCCAUCUUAUCGUGUAGCAGAUUUUUAUAUAAAACAGCGGUCAUUUCAAUUUGUAAAUUUACAUCAAACAAUGUCGUGCUCAAAUCCCAAAGAGGCUUAUUGCUCGAACAUAAAGUCUUCAGAUUCAAAAUGGGAGUGCAGUCCUCAUAGGGUCACCCUAAAUCUGUAUGCUUUCUUAACAGUGCGCCAUAAAAAGCAGCCAUAACAUUUAAUUCCAGUCAUAAGCACAAAUUAUAAUGGGACCAAAACUGAAGAAGCUGUGUUCGGAGCAGUCGGAGGAGCAAAAAGGGUGAUUCUGAUUUUAUUCUGCUGUGACUCGGAGUCAAACCGAACUGCCCUGAAACGGACGCUGAUCUUUAUUUAUACAACCUCGUCACCCUGAAUUCAUUUAUUCUCAUCUUUUUGUGUGUUGACAAUCGGUGUGUGAGUUUAUGGGACGUCCUCUGAUGUCUUUUUAAAUACUGUUGUCUCACGGAGUCA